CCCCCGCUGCUGCACGCCGUGGAGUCCCGCGGCGGGGCGCGGACCCCUUGCCUGCUGCUGCCCGCCAAGGCCGACUCGCGGCUGGGACAGCACUGGUACCCGCUGCCCGUGCUGCUCUGCAAGGUGUUCCGCUGGCCCGACCUCCGCCACUGCUCCGAAGUGAAGCGGUUAUGUUGCUGUGAAUCCUACGGCAAGGCUCACUCCGAGCUCGUCUGCUGCAACCCGCACCACCUCAGCCGGCUCUGCGAGCUAGAGUCUCCCCCUCCACCCUACUCCAGAUAUCCAAUGGAUUUUCUCAAACCAACUGCAGAUUGUCCAGACUCUGUGCCUUCCUCCACUGAAACAGGGGGAACUAAUUGUCUAGCCCCUGGGGGGCUCUCAGAUUCUCAAGUUCUUCAGGAGCCAGGGGAUAGAUCACACUGGUGUGUGGUGGCAUACUGGGAAGAGAAGACACGCGUGGGUCGGCUGUACUCUGUCCAAGAGCCCUCCCUGGAUAUCUUCUAUGAUCUACCUCAGGGGAAUGGUUUCUGCCUCGGGCAGCUCAACUCGGACAACAAAAGCCAGCUGGUGCAGAAGGUGCGCAGCAAGAUCGGCUACGGCAUCCAGCUCACCAAGGAGGUGGACGGCGUGUGGGUGUACAACCGCAGCAGCUACCCCAUCUUCAUCAAGUCAGCCACACUGGACAACCCCGACUCCAGGACGUUGCUGGUCCACAAAGUGUUCCCAGGGUUUUCCAUCAAGGCUUUUGACUACGAGAAAGCGUACACCUUGCAGAGGCCCAACGACCACGAGUUCACGCAGCAGCCGUGGACCGGAUUUACCGUGCAGAUCAGCUUCGUGAAGGGCUGGGGCCAGUGCUACACCAGACAGUUCAUCAGCAGCUGCCCCUGCUGGCUGGAGGUUAUCUUCAACAACCGGUGACUCGAGACAGAGUGGACUCACGACAUCUAUACUACUUUGCUGCUAUUACUUCCUUCUGAGUGCUUGCUUUUCAUGCAGACUUUAUUUUUGUUGUUGUUGUUGUUUGUUUGGUUUUUGUUUGUUUGUUCGUUUUUUGUUUCGUUUUGUUCGC